CCGCGACAUGUUAAUUUUCGGGAUGAGCAUUUCGUAUAGUUUUCCAAAGAUGAGACUAAUAUCAACUACCAAUGGAGAACAAAUCGAAAUUCUUAGUAUUAAACCCUUCUGUAGAAGGGGUAGAUAAAGUAUUAGGAAAAGCCAAUAUUCAACAAAGUAAAAAUGGACCAUUUGAAGCAGUAAUUUUACUUGGAGAUGUUCUACCUCAUGAUAAAGAAAAUAUUCCAACUACUAAAAUGAAUGUUCCAACUUAUUUCUCACAAGGUAUUAAUGGAAGAAGUUCUGUUCUAAAUGUAAUUGAUGAUGAUAAACAAUUAUAUGAUAUAUCUAAUAAUUUAACAUUUAUGAAAUCUUUGGUAAGUAUACUAAAAUUACAAUCAGGAUUUAAUAUAAUGACUAUAUCAGGUAAUGCUGAAGAGAAUGAAGAAGAAACCAUAAAAUUAGUAAGAGCAAAUAAACUUCCUAUAGAUAUUCUUGUCACAUAUCAUUGGCCUUUAGCCAUUGCUAAUCAACAACAAUUACAUUUGGUAGGAAAUCAAGUAGUGGAUUCAAUAGUGAAACUUGUAAAACCAAGAUACCUUUUUGCUAUAGGUCAUGAUAAGGGAAAAUUUCAUGAAAAUCCUGUAUUUACUUGGAAAAGUGGUGAAAGUACUAGAUUCAUAAGUUUGGGAGAAGAAGGUUCAGGUGAGAAAUGGUUUUAUGCAUUUUCUAUAUCUUCUAAAAUAAUACCUGAAGAUAAAGAUAAAGUAGGAGAAAAUCCUUUUGAAGUUAUUUUACCAAGUUUAAAAAGAUCCAUUGAAGAUAAUUCUGAACAAAUUGUUGAAAUAAAGAAACCUAAAGUGGUAACACCAGAUGAAUGUUUCUUUUGUUUAUCUAAUCCAAAGACUGAAACUCAUAUGAUUAUAUCUAUUGCAACUCAAAGUUACUUAACUACAGCCAAGGGUCCAUUAACUAAACCUAAUUCAGAUCUGCCAUUUCCAGGACAUCUUAUCAUUGUACCAAUUGAACAUAUACCGACAUUAAGACUGAAAUGUUCUAAUGUUGUUGAAUCUCCUCUAUAUCAAGAAAUUCAAAAGUAUCUUUCUUCUUUACUAAAGGCAUUCUUAGUAAAGAGUGAUCAAUAUAGAUUAAUAUCUUAUGAAGUAAAUAGAUCAGCAAAUGUUCACCAUGCAAUCCAAGUUAUUCGUGUUCCUAUCCAUGUGAUACCAAAAUUCUCCAAAUCCCUUAAUUUUAGAGUUAAGGUUAAUAAUGAACACAACCAGCAUCGUCAUUCACUUGAAUUUGUCAAGUAUACUGAUCCAAAUGAUCCAGCAUUACUCCAAAUAAUUAAUAAUCUGGAUCAUAUAAUAUUUACUAUACAUCUUACCGAAUCAGAAGUUGAAAUAUAUGUUUGUGAAUUAUCAGAUCCAGCAAAACUAGUUGACUUCCAAUUCCCUAGAAGAGUAUUAGCAGAUUUAUUGUUUUUAAAAAAUAGAGUAUCAUGGGAACGUUGUAAACAAGAUAAAGUAAUAGAAUCUAAAGAUUGUGAAGAAUUUAAGAAGUUCUAUCAUGAUUUUGAUUUUACAAUAUAAUACCUAUGUACA